GUUUGCAGACAGUGCUGACAGUCUCCACGGUGUGCCAGUAUUGGGGCUUAUUUAACUCUUCUGAGCCUGCACCGGCACCAGCCUCCAGCCAUGGAGAUACAGUACUUACAACCUCACACAGGUCCCUCAAUGCAUUUGAUUGAUUAUAAUGAUUUUGAUAUCUGCCUUAUUUAUGCCAUUAGAAAAUGGAUCCUCAGGUUUACCCUUACACCACCAACCAUUUAAAGUAACUGUAUUUGUGACAUAGGCGCAGCUACAUAAGCAGGUUUGCAGCAAAUAACUAAUGUACUGUAUGUCCCUGCUUUCUCAGCUUCUCCUUUGGUUUCAUUUCACUUGAAUAUCAGCUGUUGGUGCCUAUUGUUUAAGUUUCGAUUCUGCCUUGUUCCCUCCCUGAACCACAAUGACAGGGUCUCUAUAAACAACAGCAUCAGCCGCAGUAGGUCAUUGUUCAUUACCAGAAGCACAAGUAAACUGGUUUCUUUACAAGCAAACAAAAACAAACAAUGAGUGAGUCCCAGGAUACACUGAAAUCCCGUUUGGAAGAGCUGAAGUGCCACUUUACAUGGGGGCUACAGGAAAAGGAUUUUGAAAUUAAAGAACUGGAAGAAAGACUUAAAAUUCAACUGGUAUAUUUAAACAAGAAUCUUAAAGGCAGGUUAUAUAACCUGUUGGCCUAUAUAAACCACUUGAAGAAUAAUUAUACAGAGGCUAUUGCGAAUCUCCAAAAAGCAGAGGAUAUUCUUCAAGAGUCUAAUGUUUCUGAGACCGACAUGAAAUAUCUGCUGACCUUCUCCAAUUACGCAUGGGUCUAUUACUGUCUUAAUAACAGUGAAAGGUCCAAGCUCUUUAUUGACAAGAUAAAUACUAUCCAUACACAAUCAAAAGAACUUAAAGAUCUUGUGCAAUCUGAAACCUAUGGAGAAGAAGGAUGGGCUCUGCUGAAAUGUUGUGGCCAAUAUUUGGGGAAAGCAAAAGACUGUUUUGAAAAGGCUCUGAAAGGGAAUCCGGAUGAUCCUGAAUGGAAUACUGAAAUGGCAACUGUAGUUUAUCGUCUGGAGGGAUUCCGAGGUAGGGAAUGUACCGAUUUAAAAUGUUUGUCAUUCCAGUUAUUGGAACGGGCAGUUAAGCUGGACCCAAAGAACUCUGUGAUUAAGGUGCUUUUGGCUUUAAAACUACAGGAGUUAAAGAAACACGAAGAUGCAAUGAAGCAUAUUAAGGGUGCCUUAGAACUCACACCAGAUCUUCCAUAUAUGCUUCGCUAUGUUGCCAAAUUUUACAGGCGAGCAGGAAAGUUUGAGGAAGCUAUUAAACUUCUGAAGAAGGCUGUAAAUAUAACUCCUACUUCUGGUUUUCUCCAUUAUCAGCUGGGGCUGUGCUACAGACAAAUGCUCAUACACAAAAAGAAAACAGGAAGAGGUAAUUACAGAGGUCCACAUAUGCAAGAAAUAAGAGAUCUAACGGAAAAGGCAAUAUUUAACUUUGAAAUGGUGCUGGAAGUGAAAAGAACAUGCCUGCAUGUACAUUUCGAUUUAGCGGAUAUGUACUCCAGAUCAGAUCAACAUAAAAAAGCAGAGGAGACCUAUAAAAAGGCCACAGAGCUAACAACCAUUCCGGAAUAUGAACAACAACAAGCCCACUUACAUUAUGGGACAUUUCUGGAGAAAUGGAAGAAAUCUGAAAAUGAAGCUGUAGAACAGUACAAGGAAGGGCUGAGGAUUCCUGAGCAGAAUAAACACAGGGAAGAGUGUGAGACGUCUCUGAGAAGGAUAGCCAAUCAUAGGGUAGAGAGAAACCCCAGGGAUGCUUCAGGGCUCGCUUUGCUUGGGUUCAUCAGUAAAGAAAACCAGGAUAAAUCAAAUGCCAUGAAAUGGUAUGAAAAAGCUUUAAAGAGUGAUCCAUCCAAUGAUGAAUAUCUGAGUGUUCUCUUUGAUUUGAAGCUAAAAUGAAGAAAAUGAGUUGAAGACACCUGUAUUGCUACAUGGACAUAUAAUCAUGAACUCAAUUAGUUCUGGUCUGUACUUUACAUAUUAGCAGUUUGUAGUGAUGGGCGAAUUUAUUCACCAGGCAUGGAUUUGCUGUGAAUUUCCGCACUUCACCGACUGUGAAUGUUUUCACGAAACUGUCACAAUUUGCCGCGGAAAAUUGUCGCUCGCAUCAUAAUUGUCACCAGUCAAAAUUAUUUUGAUGCCCAUUGACUUCAAUGUUCAUGAAUUUGUUCGGAGUUUUGCAGAUUUUUCGGCUCAGCAAAAUGGGACAGAUUCACUCAUUACUUGCAGUUUGGCCUACAUGCUGCAGUUUCACAUAUAAUAUGCAGAGCUGGGCCAAGUAGUAUUUGUGGCCAUGGCAAUACUGUACUACUUGUCCAAUGAUCUGCACAAUUGCCCCACAUUGCUAAAUGCUGCUCUCCCCACUGCCUGCUCUCCACUCUCUCAAUUACACCCCCAAUAAUGGCACCCAACCUUAGUUCUGGACCUGAUAAUAUCAGUGCAAAAUAAAUCAUACUACACUAGAAAAUCAUAAAGUUCAGAGGAGUCACUCACAGUUACAACUAUGGGACCUGUUAUCCAGAAUGCUUGGGAACUAGGGUUUUCCAGAUAACAGGUUGUUCCAUAAUUUGGAUCUUCUAUAAAAUCAUGUAAACAUUAAAUAAACCCAACAGGCUAGUUUUGCUUCCAAUAAGGAUUAAUUGUAUCUUAAUUUGGAUCAAGUACAAGCUACUGUUUUAUUACUACACUGAAAAAUGGUAUUCUAAAACAUCUGGAUUUUUUGAUUAUAAUGGAGUCUAUGGGCAAUGGCCUUUCUGUUAUUCAGAGCUUUCUCCGUUUCCGGAUAACAGAUCCGAUACUUUUUAUUUACUCUUUAUUGGGCCACUGUUUGGUCUGUGCAAUAUCUCGCUAUAUAUUCCUAUAUGCAAGAUGAUGAUUUCUGUCACUGAAACUUAUAUUUUAUAAUAAAUAAUGCACCCACUGUUGUAAAAAAUGAGGAUAUUAGAAAUCACCUUCGGAAUUCCAGGACCUGUAUAAAAGCACUUGGCUUUCGGCCUCCCACUUUGAUAUGGUCAUGGAACUACUUGCUGAAUUAUAAUAUUCUUAUAUUUUACAUCGGGGGGUACAUUAUUCACUAUAUAUAUUUGUACAGAGCUCUAAAGUCACAUAUCUUUAAGGGUUUCGAUUUGGUUCCUCUAAACAGUUAAUGGUUUGGCUGAAUCUGAAUUCUUCAAAAAAUGCUGAUUGGACUGAUUCUUAAACCUUAUCCUGGCUUUAGUGAUACAGGUAUGGGACCUCUUAUCCAGAAUGCUCGGGACCUGGGGUUUUCCGGAUUAUGGAUCUU